ACCACAUCCGGGGAUUUUGCACACACAAACAUGGCAGCAACUGUAGAUCUCGGCACGCCGAGCCGUCAUGAGAAAAGUUUGGGUCUUCUGACAACAAAAUUUGUUUCGUUGUUGCAAGAGGCUAAGGAUGGAGUAUUGGACCUCAAAGUGGCUGCUGACACGCUAGCUGUGCGACAAAAGCGUAGAAUAUACGAUAUCACAAAUGUGUUGGAAGGCAUUGGUUUGAUUGAGAAACGAUCUAAAAACAGCAUACAGUGGAAGGGAGGUGGCCCAGCAUGCAACUCGAGAGAAGUUACAGAUCGGCUGGUGCUGCUGAAGAAAGAGAUAACAGAGCUCGAGAAAAUUGAGAAGGAACUUGAUCAACAUCGGUCAUGGGUUCAGCAAAGCAUACGAAACAUUACAGAUGAUGUGAACAAUCACAAGUUAGCAUAUGUGACACACGAUGACAUUUGUCGAUGCUUUGAGGGCGAUACAAUGCUUGCCAUUCAGGCACCUUCAGGAACACAGUUAGAAGUACCUGUGCCAGAAGAUGCUGUAAUAGGUGGACCAAAGAAAUACCAGAUUCAUCUUAAAAGCCAUUCGGGUCCCAUCAAUGUUUUGCUCGUCAAUAAGGAUACUGAUUCAUCAAGUCCUGUCGUGGUACAAGUGCCUCCACCACCUGACAUGGUAAUCAAGCAAGAUGUGCAAUCUCCCGCUGGAAAAGUCGGGAAAUCUCCACGUGGAAGAGGCAAAAAGGUUCAGCAACAGGAGAGCGUGGAGGUGGCACCCUCACGUAUGACUACCAGAAGUUCCCCACGAAAACCACUUCAACAACAGCAGCAGCAGCAGCAGCAACAACAACAACAACAACAACAACAACAACAACAGAUUAUUAACUCAGGACCAAGCACAAGUACAAUUAUAGACACAGAUAUGCUUCCUGCAGAUGAACUCUUCAUUGAUGCUAUACGAGAUCCUUCUAUGGGAGGAGAGUUUAUUGACGACCUCAUGUCAUCAGAUAUGUUUGGCCCAUUGUUGCGUCUCAGUCCUCCGCCUAGUGAGCGGGACUACUACUUCAACCUUGAUGACACGGAGGGAGUGACAGACCUGUUUGAUGUUCCAAUGUUGUCCCUGUAGCAGUUAGGCAGUGUUGUGAUGCAUCGGCGUUGGGCCAGCAACUGUAACCACACAGAAAUCAGACAAGGAGCUAUGAUGGGCUGCAUGCUUUGCAAGUGUCAAUGUCAUUGAAACAUGGAUGUGUAUGUGGCAGGGCUGGAGUGCAUAUUUAUUUUUUAAGUCAGUUGUAGAUGAUCAUUUCCGUAGCCUUUAGUAUGGGCAUGUAGGAUUCAUUCCUGUUCCAGUUGGGAUAUGCAUACAGACUGCUGUGAAUGCAGCAAUGACAGGUGUACCUUCUCUUGCUCGCUUGGAGGGUAAAUUGGUACAGAAGAGUGAGUGUACUAUGCUCUCUAAUUAUUUCCUGUUACAACCGAAAAGAAAAACAAGGAAAUUGAUCCCCUAUGUGGUGAUUGAGGGGUACUUUGUCAAGUAUGUUAAGUACUGACCAGCUCAUAGUUCAUUUAUAAUUUUGUUGAAAACAAGGAACUAAAAUUUUUAAUAUAAUUUCUCGUGUAAUAGAUGUCAGUGCCUCAUUUGCAUGGCAAACACGCUGGCAAAAUAUAACUUGAAAUUUGAGUACCUGCUCAUUACAAGCUUUGUGUAAAAAUACACAUUUUUGUUUCUUGGAACAACUUUUGGCCUUGGACUUUGUUCUACCGUUAUAUGUAAAUAAUCACUGUUAUCUAUAGUAGUAUAAAGCUUUUUAUAUGAUAACGUUUAGCAAUUAUUUCAUUUGCUAGAUUAUAUUUUGAGGUAUAAUUAUUGCCAACACUGUAAUAAUCGAAUUGCGUUUAUUUUACCUCAGGUGUAAUAAUGUUAUUGUGCAGUAUGUGUAAAUGUGAGUUGAGGCACAUGUUACUAUUACAUGUAAUACAUGUAUGUGAAUUUCGGGCAAUUUUUGUAUAAUAGUUGGCAAUGUUCUGGACAUUUAAUAUACAGACACAAAAGACAUGUUACCUACCGUUCAAGAUUCAAUAAAGUUUGAUGUAAUUAUUCCAUUAA